GUAUUCCUCGGACCGGCCCUCCUCAUCAGCCUCACACGCAGCUCGCAGCUCGGGAGUCUGAAAGCAGGAAGGGAUUACCGGACCGCAGAGGCUCGGCCGGCCGUGGACAGAGGCCUCAAGGGCGGCCAUCUGGCCCAACGCCUUCGUUUGGCAUUUGAGGGAACUGAGGCCCGCAGCGGCGGGACGGGAGUGGGCAGUAGGCCAGCGGGCCGGAGCGGCGGACGGCUGAAUCCGCGCGGGGCUCGAGGCUCGGAUCCGUGUCCGGGGUCCCAGGCUGACCCAGUGGGUGGUCGAGGCGCGCGCUCUGCCCGCAGGCCCCCAGGAGAGGCCGCCCAGCCCAGACAGCGGCGGGUAGAAGCAGCCUCCCGGGAGAGGCUCCGGAGCCUCGCUUUGGGCUGGAAGUCACCAUCGAGAGAAGAGGCCAGAGUGGUCGCGGGUCGCGGGCCGCUCCUUCCCGCCGUCCUCCGCACUCUAUCCCGGAAACUGACGCGGCUCGGCGCGGCGGAGCUCGGACUGUUUGGCUGCGGGGCAUCAUUCGAGGCGGUCUGCGCUGGGCCUCCGGGAGCGCCGUCAUGCCUUUGGCAAGAGAUUUAGUGCAUCCAUCCCUAGAGGAUGAAAAGAAGAAACAUAAAAAGAAACGCCUGGUUCAGAGUCCAAAUUCCUACUUUAUGGAUGUCAAGUGUCCAGGCUGCUAUAAGAUCACCACAGUCUUCAGUCAUGCCCAGACAGUGGUUCUUUGUGUAGGUUGCUCAACUGUGUUGUGCCAGCCUACAGGAGGAAAGGCCAGACUCACAGAAGGUUGCUCAUUUAGAAGAAAGCAACAUUAAUGACAUUCAGCUUCAUGAAUUCGACACAAUAUAUAUCUCAGAAAGCCUUAUCUGUUCAGCAGUCCAAGUUAAUCUGGCAGUAUAAUUAAGUUUGACUUUGUAAGGUAUAUAACAGUGGUCUCCUGUUUUGGAGUCUGUUUUACAUUAAAACUUUAAUUAUACACAACA